UUAGGUCUUGGUAUGAGCAUUGCUGUCCUAGGACCUACCUUUCCAAACCUGGCUGCCAAUGUGCAUAAAAACGUCAGUGAUAUUUACUAUAUCUUUGUGGGCCGCUCGCUGGGCUACCUUGGUGGGUCAGUGCUCGGAGGGGUGCUUGUUGACUGCAUAAAUGCACAUCUUCUCCUGGGAGUAUCCAUGCUUGGAACAACAAUUGGUCUUUUUGCUAUACCUUGGUGUAAGAAAUCCCUGCUCUUAACUGUCUUGAUGUCAGUUAUUGGAGGUUCCAUGGGAAUUCUAGACACGGGUGGCAACAUCCUUGUACUGAGCACGUGGGGAGUGGAGGCUGGGCCACACAUGCAGGCUCUGCACUUCAGCUUCGCAGUAGGAGCCUUUGUGGCUCCCAUUCUGGCUAAAAUGGCCUUAGGAGGCUCUGUCCCUAAGGACGUGGCAGGAGAUGAGAAGACAAACCAGUCUGUCUUGAAGCUUGUGCCAACAGCAUUGACCCCGUUGUCACUGAAACCUCAUCUCGAUGUGGAUUUUUUGUGGUCCUACGUUGUUAUAGGGACGUAUCUUCUGUUUAUUUCUUUCUUCUUUUUUAUUUUGUAUUCAAGGAGCAGUUCAGCUCGAGACAAAUCCAAGGCUGCUUCGCAGAAACACGUAACUGCCAAGUACCACUAUGCCCUCAUUUUUCUCCUUUUCACAUUCUUCUUCUGCUACGUGGGAGCGGAGGUCACUUACGGCUCGUACAUAUUCACCUACGCAAAGGUUUUUGCAGAGAUGAAAGAAAACGAGGCGGCCGCGUUGAAUUCCGUGUUCUGGGGCGCGUUUGCAGCUUGCAGAGGGGUGGCAAUAUGCUUUGCUGCGUGCCUGUACCCCGGCACACUCAUCGUGCUGAGCAUCGCGGGCUCUGUGCUCUCCUCCGCGUGCCUUGUGCUCUUCGCCACCCACCCGCUGUCGCUGUGGGCCGGAACUGCUGUCUAUGGCGCUUCCAUGGCCACCAUCUUCCCCAGUGGCAUUUCCUGGAUAGAGCAGUACACGGUUAUCCAAGGCAAAUCCGCCUCCUUGUUUGUGGUGGGCGCUGCGCUGGGCGAGAUGUUCAUCCCCGCGGCAGUCGGCUAUCUGCAGGGCAGGUUCCACCACGUUCCCGUUGUCAUGUACGCGGCGCUGGGCACCUCGGCCAUGACGCUCGUGCUCUUCCCCAUCAUGUACAAACUGGCCAGGGCGCCCAGCCACAGGGACUUCAGAGAAGUGGGUGAGAGCGAGGACCGCAAAGCCCUGUUGUCAAACGCGGGCCUUAAUGACGAUGAGGAGGACGAGGAGGACGCGGGCGAGUGGAACGAAGCAGACUUUGAGGUAAUAGAAAUGAAUGACACACUGAGAAACUCUGUGGUAGAGACCACCCGGAAGAUACCCGGAGACUCUCCGGCCAAAGUCAUGCACCAGCCACACUCUGAUAAUGGGCUGGGUGGUUCUCCAGCUCGUAGCUCCUCGGGGAUUAAAAAUGCGAGUGCUGACCGGGAGAAGAAUGACUGA